AGCCUGGUGACGUCACGAAGUAAACAGCCACCCAGAGCAGGGCAGGAAGUUGGGCUGUGAGUCCCAUGGUGAGUCCUGUUGGACAUGUUAUAGAGUGCUGUGUGAUCAGAACCUGCCAGGACAGGGUGAGUGGGUGUCAAUACAUUGUAACCAUGGCAUGAAUGUGCUUUGUCUAUACAGACAGUGCAGGAAAAGCCACUCUGUUAAAGGGACACUAUAGGCACCCAGACCACUUCAGCUCAAUGAAGGGGUCUGGGUGCCAGGUCCCCCAGGUUUUAACCCUUCACAUGUAAAUAUAGCAGUUUCAGAGAAACUUACCCUGCUAUGUUUACAUUACAGGGUUAAUCCAACCUCUAGUGGCUGUCUCCCAAACAGUGGCUAGAGGCGCUCGUCAGUAGGAAAGCAUUGACUAAUGCUUUCCUAUGGGCGUUUUGAAUGCGCGCGUGGCUCUGGCCGUGCAUGCGCAUUCCGCUCCACUCAGGAGCUGAGGUCGGCGGGGGAGGGAGCCCAGCGCUGCACUAAAGUAAGUAACUGAAGGGGUUUUAACCCCUUCAGCGCCAAGAGAGGGGGGCCCUGAGUGUGGAGGCGACCUAAGUGCUAUCUAGUGUCAGGAAAACGAGUUUGUUUUCUUGACACUAUAGAGAUCCUUUAAUUCUCCCCUUAAUAAGUAACAAUAGAAUUAAGUUACACUUGUUUGUAACUAUCAGGUAUUGAUUUAUAUAUACAAAGGAGUGUUAGUUCUAUAAGAGUUGGAGCUAUACCUUAUUAUGGCCAUCACUGGUUUUGUAGUACUUUUGCUGUGGGUUACUCCAGGCACCAUGACCACUUGAAGAAGUCAUGGUGCCUGGAGUCUGUAUGUGCAGUGAUUCACUAUGAAACAGUGCACAUAUAGUGCUUGACCCCUCUGCUGAUGGAGACAACACCUAAAUAGGUAGUGUAACACUAUAGCAUAAGAAAAAACAUGUUUGUUAUCUUAUCACAAUAGUGCUCCUUUUAUGUCAUUUGCAUACCGUGCCCUGGUUGUGCCUAGACAGCCAGGCAUGCCUUGUAAAUAUAACAAUUACAACUACUUAACAUUUUUAAAAAAAAUAAAACCACCAUCCAUAGCAAGCAUUUAGAUCUUUUUUUGCAAUAGUCAAAGAGUCUUACUUUAAAUAUGCAUACUAUACCAGUAUUCUUCGCAUACUAGAUUAUUUUGAAAAGGUGUCUUUAAUGUCUAAUUUAUUAUUAUUAUUUUUUCUUUCUUUUUCGUAAGAAAAUGAGUGGAGGCCUUGCACCCAGUAAAAGUACAGUGUAUGUUUCCAAUCUGCCUUUCUCUCUCACAAACAAUGAUCUGUACAGGGUAAGUUGACAUAUUCUGUCUAUUUAAGACAUAAUUUGUAUUGUUCAAGGAACUUUCUAACCUUGUUACAACUUUUCCUUUCAGAUCUUUUCUAAAUAUGGCAAAGUAGUGAAGUAAGUAGAUUUUUUUUAGAACACAUUUUCUGUUAUUAAAGAGACACUGUAGGCACCAUAACAAGUACAUAUCAUUCAAAUAAUUGAUGAUGCUGGAGUCUGCAGGCAACUUCUCUCUCAUCCCUGUUAAGCUGUUGCCUAACUGUUUUGCAUGGAUACUGGAUCCCUUGGGACUCGCAGCACAGCUCCCAGUGGCAAAAACAGAAAGCUGAUCUGCCUUACGCCAUAUGGAGUUAUACCAGGCAGUGACAGGCUGAGAGUGUAUGGUAUAAUGUAAAUCUACUCAUUGACUUCAUCAUAGUCAUUAGGGACCAGGCUGUGAAUGCCUACUCAGUAUGAUAAGUUUUACAGGGAUGCAAGAGACUAUCCCUACAGACUGCAUGCAGCAUAACUACCUCAAUGAGCUUUUUGGGGCCUACAGAGUCCAUUUAAAGAUUCAAUGAAAAAUAAUUAGCAGCUCAAUGUCAAAAGUGCAAAUAGCUGCAUUGAGAAUGCAGAAUUUACACCUUUUGUUUACCAGUGUCUGUUUCAUCCAACCUAGGUGGCAGUUAUUGUCUGGGGUGGGGGUAGUCUACUGUUGUCGUCAUUUUCCAUCCAUGUAAUAUAUCAGAAUUUAUUAACAUUUAUUUUUUUGUGUUUCAGAGUCACAAUUGUGAAAGACAAAGAUUCUCGAAGAAGCAAAGGGGUUGCAUUUGUUUUAUUUUUAAAUAAGGAAUCUGCACAGCACUGUGUUCGAGCACUAAAUAACAAACAAGUAUGGCAAAUAAUAUAAAUUGAAUAAUUUCUUUGUUUGACACCAGUUACCAGCAGGAGAAAAGUAAUGUUAUUUUUGCUUUUCCCUUAGCUGUUUGGCAGAGUUAUAAAGGCCAGCAUAGCGAUCGACAACGGCAGAGCAACAGAAUUCAUCCGGAGGCGUAAUUAUACUGACAAGUCAAGAUGUUAUGAAUGUGGUGUAAGUAAAAUGAUCCCCUUUUCCUCUGACUUCAACAGUGCUCCCAUUUACAGGAAUGGAUAUGCCCACUAUAAUACAUUGGAUAGAUAACAAAUGAAAAAUAUAUUAAAAGGAAAAAGAAAUAAAUCAUACUUUAAAAGUUCCUUAAAGAGUCACUAUAGGCUUCCAGACCACUUCAUGUCAUUGAAAUUGCACACUUGUGCAAAGUAGUGAGAGGCGGUGAGCAUGGGGUUGCGCUGAACCAGUCAUUUUGAUGAGACUAAAUCAUUAUUAUCUAUUUUGGUCUUGCUGAAUUGACUCAGGAGUCCAGAGCAAUAUAAAGCGUCCAAAUCAGAUGAGAAUGUUGUGUUGUAACUAGUGUAUAACCCCACAUUUAUUUAUGUAUCUGUUCAUUGUAAUAAAUACUGUAUGUAUAUGUUAAGGAUGAUUGGAAUAUGUAUUUUUAUGUGUAUAUUUACAUCAAGUGGCUAGUCGUAAUAGAUGGUACAGCUUAAUGAUGUUACAUAGAGAUCUUCAAUGGAGAGCAAGUGCCUUUGUCCAGAAAGUCAGGGGAUAGACCAUUAGGUCCUUUUGUAAUGUUCUACAUAAUUAUGGCUAUAAUUAUGUCAGAACUUUUAGCUAAAACUCUUACCAUAUAAGGUCACAUAAGAAGACUCUCAAUCCUCUUGGUAUACAAUCACCUUCUAGUCUUUUUAUAGUACAGAAUAGCAUAUUACUAUCUGUUCUUUUUAACCCAUUAGACAUCCAUAUCUAAUUGCAUAUGCAUAAGAACAUAGAAUAUGUAAUAUUCUACAUUUACUUCUUUGUUCAGGACACAGGCCAUUUAAGUUAUGCCUGUCCCAAAAAUAUGCUUGGGGAACGUGAACCUCCCCAAAAGAAGGAGAAAAAGAAAAGAAGGAAAAUGGUUGAAGAGGAGGAAUUGUAAGUAUUCCAAAUUUGUAUAUCUGUCCGGUGUGUUCAAGGUAUGUAGCCUUCUAUGUUAAAGUUUAAUUUUGCUUUGGUUUCCAGUCCUGAAGAGGAAGAAAGUGAAGAUGAAGGAGAAGACCCAGCUCUUGAUAGCCUCAGCCAAGCAAUAGCUUUCCAGGUAUAGACUCAUUUCUUAUAUUAACAUGAAGCGUAACCUGAUCCUACCAUAACUGCAGCUCAGUGUAGUGGUUAUGUUAUCUUGAGCCUCUGGCUUCCAUCCUGUUUUUCUAUAAAAAUAUUUAAAAGGUGUCUGACAAAAACAGGGCUCUCCAUGGCACACAGAUACCACCCCAUCCUUAGGUGAAUUGAUAAUGUGGAAGUUAUACUUCUGCAUUAUCGGUGUUCGUGUCCAAAAUGGAUGGCAGUGAUUAGAUUUCGUUUUAUUAGUCUUCCUCUUUCAGUCUAUCGGUGUUGUCCAGUUUGGACAGAUCUAAUAAUUCAUUAAUGUGGCCAGGGAGUGGACAAUCUGCCUGAGCUACAAAUUGCCUUUGUGAAAUUUCCAUGUCAAUAAGCCACAAUUCCAGUCCAACACAUAACCACAAAUUAAAGUGAAAUUCCAUUAUUAAACUCUGCUGUUGUCUGUUUUCCAGUAUGUUAUUUCUGUUGUUAACCCAUCUCACUGCUGCAUGUACCCAGGCUGUUUGGUCCUUUCACCACAUUGCUGACACACCUUACAUUACCAUAUGAAUAUACUUUUAUGGUGCUCAGAGCCUACCUCUUUAGUGUGGAAUAGCGAGUGGUUGACUGCUAGUCACAUUGUUUUAAAUGAAAAUUCUUUCUUUUCCUGAGGCCUGUGUACCAAAUACAUAAUGACAACUGUAUUAAAUAGGGCUUGGACAGCUAGAACCGAUGGAUGCAAUUUGUUAUUGUUUGUUUGGUACAACAAUGGAAAAUACUUUGUACUUACAUGAACUGCAGUAUCUACUUGGAUGUUACUAAUAUUUCUCAGAUAUAUAGCCUGUCCGUGUAGGCUCAGUAUUGUAAGCACUGCCUGUUCAGAAACUUUCCAUACAUGUACACUAGCCUCACAAAAUAAAGUAUUUUACUAACUUUAUUUAAUUUAGAGUGGGGCCUGAUAAUCUAAACCGUUAAAAUAUUGUUCCUUUAAGAUGCUGUGGUUUGGUACUUGGAGUGUCCCUUUAAUAUUUUUUUUUUUUUGUUUUAAUUCUUUAUUUUUGCUGUGCAUGAGGUUACAAUUUAAGCUCGCCAUGCCACAAUAGCAAGCACUUCAUAAACACAUAUCAUCAUGGCAUUUAGUAAACUUGCACAUUUUUAAGUUAUAGCAGUCAAUAGUAUUAGGCUGGUCAAACAUGACUAACUCUUUAGGCAGAAAACAAGGCUUAAAGGGCCAGCGAGAUAUGUGGUGUAUAGGUAAACAUGAAACUUCAAAAUGCAAGUUAUAGGGUGAGACAUCAUCUGUAGUAUUACUAUAUAACUUAGGCUGGACAGUAUGGUCCUGUAUCUCAGUUUGGAAUAUUUUAUUUUUAAAUACAUGUUCAAUCUAUAUUUUAAUUCUGAAUCAGUAAUUUUUUAAAUUUUAUUUUAGUCUACAGUUUCAGAUGGUUAAGGGUUAGACCAUGAGAAUAUCCAAUCUAUUUGCUAAUUGGUUGGCUUUAAUUACUAUCACCUCUAUUUUACAGCAAGCAAGAAUGGAAGAAGAAAAGAUCAAAUUGAGAGCAGCUCAGAGUGAAGCUUCUACAUCAGAUGGUUCCAGGAGACCUAGAAUCAAAAAGAGUGCAUAUUUCAGCGAUGAAGAUGAACUUAGUGAUUGAGAUUAUAUGUUUUUAUUUUAUGUGUCAAGUGGGCUGAUUACAGAGUGCUACACAGGUUUCUUUGAAGUUUAUUGGUUUCCAUCCAAGAAACCAACUGAUAACUUUGUUACGUCCAGACUCCAGAGACUAGCGUGUCACAAUAAUUCAUGUUUUGUGCAACUAGACGUAUUGUGGUUAUGUGGAUAAAGCAAUUGUGAAACAAUCAUUAUAGGAUCUUGCUGAUUCUCCCACUUUUAGAACUUUACCCUGCAACUGUGUUACUUUUCACCGGCAACAACUUUAUUUACCUCCCCCAGUGAAACAACUACAUAUAUUUCUUGCUUUUAAAUUGAUGUUGGAGUCCAAGCUUUUAUUGAUGGAAUUGUUGUCAUUUUGUUGAAUUUGUCAUCCAUAGGGUGCAUUUGUACCCUAAAUACAUGAAGAUAAACUUAGCACCUCAGAUGUCUGUCAACUACAUUUCACCACACGCAGUGCUGUGAUGACAAGGUUAGCCAUCAGUGACCAAAUCCCCUGUUAUGUAUCUCUCUGACUCUCAUUUAUCUAAAAUGUUACUUUACGCAUUGUGACAAUUUCAGUGAUUUGAAGUUGAUAUGGUGUUUGAAGUCUUAUCUGCCGCUUUUCAGUAGGAAACAUUGCACAUACAGAUAUAUUUGAUUAUGCUGCUGGAGGUGUAACUUUCCCACUGGCACCAGCAGCAGCCUGGAACAUUAUUUCCUCGCUGUUAAUGUGAAUUUUGUGCGUAGAAUGCAUCUGUCAGAAACACACAUGGCAUGCUGGUGACUGACGUCCAAUGACGGCGUGGUUCUCCACUCUUUUGCCCACAGUCUUGCACAAGCCCAGCAGUUAGGAGUGAACAUACAGGUGAAUUGGACUGUAGGGAGAACUUGGCCUCAGUAAGGGAUCUCAGGAGAAUUUAUUCUUCUUUUUCUUUAAGAUGGGGUACCGUCCCAUCUACAUCCUCUAUGCAUUAGAUUUAUAUUAAAUAUAAUUUAAUCAUAAUAAAUAUACAGUCCCUAGAUUAUAUUACGCACUUCUCACAUUAUUCUACAUAGGUCUUCUAACAUAGUGAUGGCACUGGAAAGUCAAACGCCUCAAUUCAUUUUGGCUCUUGCUAUGUAUCUUUUCAAUAUGAAUUCUGCAUUAUGAGUUAAUUGCAAGAGUAGAAGGCAUGGAAACAUGAUGGGUAUCCAUUACAAAAGAGAAGCACCAGAACUCAUACUUCCACAUUCUGGAGUAUGUGGUUUUGCAAGAUCUGGACUGCGUACAGUAUUAUAAUAGGUUGCUAGCAUGUUUCUUUUUGGUAGGGCUAUCGCUGUUCUAGAUGCCCCCAUUUGUAAUGUAGAUUGCCAGUUGUGUAAAACAGAUGUGUUUUGUGUAACCAAAUGCAUUUUUCAUUCAAGGAAACAUACAUUUUGUUACACCUGCAUGAUGGCAAAAGCUGUAAAAUACUAAAUGAUCUAGCUAUUCCCAAGGAUGUUGUCUGGCUAUGGAAUAUAAAUAAUGUUCUUUGACCUCAAAAUAUACUCAGAGUUAAGAAUACUGUAGGACACAUUUGAGUAACGAGGUUUCCGUUUUUGCCCCUUUCCAAUUGGUCACCAGAAUUGUGAUGCUAGAUUGCUUUCUAGGUCAUUGACUCUGAAUUCUAGUUUAAAUGUUUGUAUACUUCAUGUACACACUUGUUUUUUGUAUAUAUAACUUAUGUACAUCAUCCAUUAAAACCAAUUUAUUUUUUCUCAUAACUGUAGUCACAGACUGUGUUCUUGUGGUGGGACCUAUCAGUGGUACUUGUACACAGCCAGUAGAGGUGGAGUUAACCAUGAGAUGUAAUAAUUGUGGUUUCUCAGAAACUGCAAUAAUUACCACUGCAGGAUUAUGGGACAUUGCACCAGAACACUUCAAUGAGCUGAAGUGGUGUGGGUGCCAACAGUGUACCUUUAACUUGAG